UCUCGUGGAAAAGUCUUUUCUUCUCCAUUUUCUCUUCUACUAUCGUCCUGAAAAGUUUUUGAAUGUUCUGAAUUGAACGACAGCGGUGAAGAAGAAAGCGCCAACAAACCAUGAGCACCGGCGUUGUCGUUGACGAAAGCUUUUGCUUCAAAGAGGAGACCCAGCUAACAGUACUCAAGACGUCUCACUUCUUCCCCGGCGAUGGUUUCGCCGUUUACGACACCAAAGGAAAGGUCAUUUUCCGGGUAGACUCUUACGGCCCCGACUCUCGACUCAAAGACGAACUCGUUCUCAUGGACGUCUCUGGCAAAUGUCUCCUCACCGUCCGUCGAAAGAGACCAAGCCUUCACCAACGAUGGGAUGGAUUCUUAGGAGAGAGAUGUGAUGGAAAGAAACCCAUCUUCAGUGUAAGGAGAUCAUCGAUCAUUGGACGGUCGAGCGUGACGGUGGAAGUGUAUGGGAACCCCAAUGAGGAGUACCUGAUCGAGGGUUCGUUCCCGCAACGAUGUUGUAUGUUCUACAACGCCGGUUCUACAAACGAGUCGAAGGAAUCGGUGGCGAAGAUCCGAAGGAAAGUGGACUCAUCAACGAACGUAGUACUUGGGAAGGACGUUUUCUCUCUCUGUGUUAAGCCUGGGUUAGAUGCAGCUUUCGCCAUGGGAUUGGUACUGGUUCUUGAUCAGAUCAACACCAGCCCUGAGCCUGACUACAUACCAUCAUCAUCCUGAUUUGUUACUUAUUGAUGAUGUGAUGAUGUGAUGAUGAUGACGAUGAGGACGAUGAUGAUGAUACCAAGCAAGUUGGUGUUGCAGAAUCUCUUCCGGUUUCUCCUUUUUCUUUUUUUCCUUUAAAAGUAUUGGGCACUUGUUUUAUUCUGGAAUUGAGGUGUUGUAUUCUUCGCAUGUUAUGAAUCCUUACGAGGUUUACACACAAUAAUUGUUGAUAGGAUGACAAUUUCGAAGUAGAUUCAUA